AUGGUCUGUCAUUCCUUUUUCCAGCUCGUGGUCCUUGUCACAUCCCUAUUCCUGCAGGUUCAGUGCAGCCCCUUUGCCCUCCAGAAGCGAGGCGCCUGCGCCACCGAAGAUCCAGACGCAGUGUUCCUUAAUGAAGUUGGUCGCUUGAAGUCAGAUGAAGCCAAAUCUGCCAGUUAUCAGGCCCGGAUGGCCCCCAUCGAAAUUGAAACCUGGUUUCACAUCAUCAGCAGCCAGGCUGAAUCGACACAGGUCUCUGAUGAUAUGAUCAGUGCCCAACUUUCUAUCCUGCAACAGUCAUAUGCAGACUCUGAUAUCUCAUAUAGUUUGCGAGGUGUCACUCGCCAUGUAAAUGACAAGUGGGCGCGCAAUGGGGAUGAUAUCGCAAUGAAGACUGCCCUUCGCAAAGGCACCUAUCGAACCUUGAAUGUUUAUUUCCAAACAGACCUACAGGCUUCUCCUGGUCAAUCCGGGCGCGCAGUGGGAGACCGGGGUGCAGGCGUCAAUAAUGAUCUGGCAUCCAGUGUUCUCGGAUUUUGUACACUGCCUGACCCGAGUGUCAACGCCAGCAGCCCUGCUUCUGAUUAUGUCAAGGAUGGUUGUAAUGUCUUGGCAAAAACGAUGCCUGGUGGCUCAUUGGAUUUGUACAACCGCGGAGGGACGGCCAUUCACGAAAUCGGACAUUGGAACGGCCUCCUGCACACCUUCCAAGGGGAAUCUUGCUCAGCGGACAACCCUGGAGACUACGUCAAUGACACUCCCCAGCAAUCUACACCUACAGACGGUUGUCCUGCCAAUAAGGAUUCCUGCCCAGACUCCCCUGGACUGGAUGCGGUUCAUGAUUUUAUGGACUAUUCGUCUGAUGUAUGCUAUGAGCGCUUUACGCCCGGACAGGGAGAGCGCAUGCGAAGCAUGUGGGCCUCGAUGCGACAAGGGAAAUAG